GUUUGUGGUCAGGCGCGUUUGUCUCUAUAAUUCUCUCUAUCUCUAAUAUAUCUUCGCAGAAUGGUUUAAGUUACAACUCUCUCUCUCUCUCCCUGUGUUUGUGUGUUAGUUGGAGAAGGCACUGUAAGUGUAAGAAAUGGCGGCAGUAAGUUCAUCAAUGGUUACAUCUUCCACUCAACCUUUUCUGGGCAUGCAGUCUGUUUCUAAUACUAAUACAAGUCGACCUGCUUCAAACAUGCUUGCUAGCAAUUUUAUUGGUUCUUCCCUGCCAAGAUGUUUCCCUAACAAGAAGAGAGGUGUCAAGAUUAGUGGGAAAGUGAGAGCUGUGGCAACUGUUGCAACUACUCCUGUUGAGGAAAUCAAAGAAUUUACCCUUCCUACGUGGGCUAUGUUUGAACUUGGCAAGGCCCCUGUAUAUUGGAAAACCAUGAAUGGUCUUCCUCCCUCUUCUGGGGAAAAGCUAAAGCUUUUCUACAAUCCGACUGCAAAGAACCUUGUUCCAAAUGAAGAAUUUGGGAUUGCUUUUAACGGAGGUUUUAAUCAGCCCAUUAUGUGUGGUGAGCCAAGGGCAAUGCUUAGGAAAAACAGAGGCAAAGCUGAUCCCCCCUUUUAUACCAUCCAGAUAUGCAUUCCUAAGCAUGCUGUGUACUCGAUCUUCUCAUUUACAAAUGGAGUUGAUUGGGAUGGUCCUUACAAACUGCAAUUUCAAGUUCCUAAGGCUUGGCGAAACAAACCAGAAGACUUCUUUAAUGAGGGUCUAAGUGAAGAGUUGAGUAAAGAAGGUGCAUGUGAGAAAGCAAUCUUUCCAGACACAGACCUUGUGGUCACAAGAUGUGCCAUGAUUGGAAAUUUGACAGUAGAAGGGGGUGAUCGUUGUGAUCUGAAUCUCAUACCAGGAUGCACAGAUCCUAGCUCGCUCUUAUAUGACCCACUUGCUAAUGUAGAUGAUGGAUCCUGUCCACUUGAUGUGGAAUAGUAUCAUCCACUCCAAUACCCUCUCACCUGAUCACACGUAAAUACCAUUUGAUGGAUGCAUGUACAAGCAAAAACAAUAAAGCAAUCUUGUUUGGUUUGCUAGAAAAGGGAUAUACUAUUGUCAUCACUUCCAAUUUU